AUGGAUACCACAGUGAAGCAAACUCUUUGUGGCAAUGUCUUGUUAUUGAUAUUGUUUUGUACACUGAUCUUCAGUAGCGGUGCUGCUUUUAUCAAGGACAGUGAAAUUGGAGAAAAUUUGGUGUCAUCAACGGAUAGGCCUAAGAUGCUUAUUGGAUCAAGUCCACCAACCUGCAUUUCCAGGUGUAACAACUGCACACCUUGCAAACCAAUUCUUGUACCAUUGCCACCUCCUGUUCCACAACAAACCCACUCUACCUUUGAGCAACCUCACACAGCCUUCCAGCGACCCGAUGACUUUGGGCCUGAGACUGUGAUCUGGAAAUGCACUUGUGGCGGCAAGCUGUACAAUCCGUAG